CAUUAGCCACGCAGAGCCUCCGGAAGGCACUGAGCAGCAGGAAACCUUCAGCGUGGGCUCCAGGGUGACCUACAGCUGCAGGAAGGGCUACAUGAAGCGCCCCUCGCUCUCAGACACCAUCCAGUGCCUGCCAAACUCCCAGUGGUCCAACCUCCCUGCCUUCUGUGGCCGCAGCUGCCCCAGCCCCCCUCGGGUGUUCUUUGCCAGAAUCAAACAAGAAGAUGAACUGAAGAACUUCCACCCCGUGGACACCACAGUGAGCUACGUUUGUCGGCCAGGCUACGAGAGCACCGCAGCCCAGCUCGCCACCAGCACUUGCCUGGACAAUCUGACCUGGUCACAAGUUCCUGAGCUGUGUUACACCAUCUCUUGCCCUCCACCUCCAAUUAUUGCCAAUGGGCACCACAAUGGCAGCAGCUUGGUGGAGUUCACCCACAAUUCGGUGGUGAUGUACACCUGUGAGCCUGGGCUCCAGCUCCUGGGACAUGGAACUCUUCAGUGUGUGAUGGAGAAUGGGAUUGAUGGCUCCUGGAGUGGGUCUCCUCCUGAAUGCAGAGCCCUUGGCCUUCUAGCUUGGAUCAUCCUGAGACGGAAAGGCAAGAAAGCUCACUCUCACAGCACGCCUUUAGAGAUGCAGGAGGUGAACGGAAGGGAUCCUCCCAUGCACCCAGCAGUGGUGAAUGCUGAGAGGCAGCUCAUGCCCUGCCAGUCCCCUCUGUGCUACACCACGAGUUGCCACGUGUCCCCCAUGGUUAAGCAGAAGCUGCACGCUGCCCUGGCUCCUGGGGACCAGGGCUGUGGUGCCUGUGAGGAGUUUGUGAUUGCCCUGCCUGGCUCACUAAUCAUCUACACAGCCACCAGCAUGGAUGACAAGGAGAGCUGGAGCCCCACAGACACAAGCCCCACCUGCCACAUCUGCCCCAUCUGCAAGGUGCCCUUCCACUCCCACCUGUGUAAGGAACCCAAGACAGGGGGCUGGAGGCAGCGGGGGCUGUUCCAGGGGGCGCCCAGUGCUACCCCCAAGCUUGCCCUAAACCUCACCUUGCCGACGUGGAAGGAGAGGUGCAGUGAAGGACAAGUGCCCUCCAAGGGAGAGCCCGAACUGAGGAGCAAGGAGCCCCCCAAAAAUAGACCCCAAAUCCCAAGGGGCUGCAGCGGUACCAGCAGCCCGGCGCUGGCCCGGCCUCUGCCCGCCCCGGAAAGGGCUGUGCCAAGGGCUGUGCCCAGCGCUGCGCUGCGCAUCGCUGCGGAGAGGGAAAAGGACCAGGACCGGCACCGGGACCGGGAGAAGAAAGGACCAGCACCGGGAGCGGCGCCGGGAAAGGGACCGACACCGGGAGAAGAGCUACGACCAGGACCAGGAAAGGGACUGGCACCGAGACCAGGAGAAGGAAUGAGACCGGGAGCGACACCGGGAAAGGCACAGACAGCCGGAGGAGGCCUGGCCAUGGCUCUGCGCUGGCUCUGCGUGGGGCUGCUGCUGCCCGGCGCCGGAGGUGACUGCCAGCAGCCCCCGAGGUUUGUCUUUGCCGAGCCUCCCCUGCCCCUGCAGCCCUCCUACGCCGUGGGGGCCAGGCUGAGGUACCGGUGCCGCCCGGGCUACACGGUGGACAAGGACAAGCUGCCCCUGGUCACCUGUGACACCAACUCCACCUGGGCUGCCCAGCCUGACUUCUGCAUCGGAAGGUCUUGUGGACCACCAGAGCUCCCAAAUGGCAACUUUGACUUCACAACCAACCUCCUGUUUGGGUCAACAAUAACCUACACCUGUAACUAUGGGUACCGGCUGGUGGGGAAGCCAACUGCCACCUGUGUGCUUCAAGGCUCUCAAGUUUCCUGGGACAACCUUCCCUACUGCACCAUUAUUCCCUGUUUACCACCUCCCAAGACAGAGAAUGGGCAGGUGACUGAUGGGGACAGAGACUUCACCUUUGGCAUGACUGCAACCUACAGCUGUGACAAAGGUUUUGCUCUUAUUGGAGAGGCCACAAUUCACUGCACAAUGGAUGAGAACCUGGAGGGAGUGUGGAGUGGUCCAGCCCCUGAAUGCAGAGUGGUCAGCUGUAAGAACCCAGAAGUGCCCAAUGGGAUGAGGCUGUCUGGCUUUGGCACCAGGCACACCUACAAAAACACAGUGACAUUUGGGUGCCACCCUCAUUACCUGCUGAGAGGCAGCAGCGUAGUUACUUGUGAGGCAGACAGCAACUGGAAUCCACCUCUGCCAACCUGUGACCCAAUCUACUGCGGUCCUGCUCCACGCUUCCCCUUCGCCGAGCUGCUGCUGGCUGUUGGUGAGAGCUCUCCUGCUGGAACUGUGCUGAGCUAUCAGUGCAAGCCAGGUUAUGCUGCAGCAAGAGGGAAGUCCUCUGAUGUCACUUGUCUGGAUGACACAACCUGGUCUGCAGACCCAGACUUCUGUACCCGGCAGCACUGUCCUGCUCCCACCAUAGCCCAUGGGGAGGUGAAUGCCAAGGAGUUCCCCUUCGAGUCAGUCGUGGUGUUCACCUGCCGUCCUGGGUGA